CCUCCUAUGAGAGCUAAGCAAGUAACAAGCUUCGACUACCCAUUUAAAACUCUUUACUUUAUUUCGCCUCCUUUUGGAAACCCUAAAAGCUUUUCUGUGUGCAAUUAAGAGUACCUGCAGGACGCAAAAUCCAAUCAAAAUUGGGCAAUGGCAAACCAUUACUUGUGCCCCUCUUGAGGAAUCUGAAAAAGCAAAAUCUUUCAAGGACGAUUUUAUUAUGCGCUCAUCGUCCCUUACUUCACAUUCAAAUUGGAGAGAGACUGACAGUUGGAGAGAGAAUCGUCAAAAAAUGGGAUGAGGGACUCCGAGAGAGAGAGAGAAAAACCCUGAACGCCGGCUUUGUUUCCCAACUUGUGAACUUCUCAUAAAGAGCAUUCGAGGAAUAGUUUGAAGUUUCUUAGACAUGGUUUCUACCAGUCGAAGAAGAUUCCAUGAUCUUUCCUACUUAACAUCAGAGAAAUCCCAUUUUUUCGUCGUUUUUAAUGACACUGCUCAACAAGAAAUGCUUGAGUUACCAAAAUCGUUUAUCAAGAAGUGUCAAGGUAGCCUGCCAAACUUACUGUUCUUAAGGGUCCCAAGAGGUGCGGUUUGGCAGGUAGAAAUAUGUCAACGCAAUGAUGGUAUCUGCUUACUCAAUGGUUGGAAGGAUUUUGCAGAUUUUUAUUCUCUAUGUUGUGGGCACGUACUUGUCUUUGAACAUGAAGGAUGCAGCAAGUUUCAAGUACUUAUAUUUGAUAACUGUGGAAUAGAGAUAAAGUAUCCAGAAUUGCUCGAACUUGAUGGAGAAUGCAAAGAACCUGAAACUGAAGGAACAGUGGAUGAAGACUUUGUUGAACUAUCAGAUGACUUUGAUACAAGACAGAGGUCAAGAGAAAGGGAACCGUCAAAAUCUCGUUGUUCUCGCGAGAAAAUAAGAAUUGGUUCAACCAGUCCAACAAAGAGCACUUCUAUGCCAGCUCCUAAUUCUAGACCAAAGGGUACUCAAUAUAGUGGGUCGAAGCCUUCACAUUGUCAUGGAAAACAAUUUGGAGGUAGCGGAGGUACAUGUACUGGUUGGAGAAGGGCAAAAGCUGGAGUUGUUGGGGGAACACGGAGGUCGACAUCCAAAGAAAAACCUGAAGCUUUCCUGGGAUCUAUUAAAUCUUUCAAUCCUCAUUUCAUGGUGGUGAUGCAUCCAAGCUCUGUUUGUGGCAAUUAUGAAUUGAUUAUACCCCAAGAUUUUGCUGGACAACAACUCCAGAGACAGAGAGAGCAUACUGAUGUGAUUCUCUAUGUUUCUGAUGGAACAACUUGGUGUGAUGGAAGAAGUUGGUCUGCUGAAAUCUGUUGUUCUCCAUACCUAUCAAGGCCAAAGGCACCCAGCCUUAAAGGCUGGAGAAAAUUUGCGGAUGACAACGAUUUAAAAGUUGGUGAUCUUUGUGUGUUUGAGUUUAUCAGGGGACAUAAAACUUGGAUGAAGGUUUCUAUUUCCAAAGGUGUUGAAUCCACAUGUUCACCAGUCACUGAAUGCUCAGAUACUGGAGGCACAUGUGGUUGGAGAAGGUCAAAAUCUGGGCCUGAGAUAACACAGAGAUUGGCAUCCAAAAAAAAGGCUGAAGCUUUCCGGAGAGCUAGUUCUCUUCUGUCUGGCAAUCCUCGUUUCAUGGUUGUGAUGCAACCAUCCUAUGUUCGUUCCGAAUAUGAAUUGGUCAUACCUCAAGAUUUUGCCGCUAAACAUCUUGGGAGAGAGCAUACUGAUGCCACACUCUAUGUUUCUGAUGGAAGAACUUGGUCUGUUGAAAUUCUUUGCUAUCCACACCCAUUAAACCCAAAGGCAAGCAUCGGUACGGGCUGGAAGAAGUUCGUUGAUGAUAAUGAUUUAAAAGUCAGUGAUCUUUGUGAGUUUGAGUUUAUCAGGAGCCAUAGAAUUUGGUUAAAGGUUUUUAUUGCCAGACAUGCCAGAUCCAAACCUUAACCAGUCACUGGGCGCUCAGGUGAGCUUACAUUUAUGUCGGAUGUACUUCUUCACUAAUCUGAGACAUAUAGUGUUGUAGCUUUGUUUUCGGUUUUUGCAUAUCUUCUUUCUGAAAUGAGACUACUGGAGUAGACCCGAUAGUGCAGACAGUCGGACGCUCAAAGAGAAUUCUGUUGCAGCUCAUUCGAAGGCCAUCAUGUUUGAUGAGAUCCCAGCCUAUUAAAGCAGCAUACAAAUUCACACCAGUAUCAAGUUUCUUCAGCAUAGUCAACAUGUCAUUUGCUAGUGUAAACUUAUUUUGGAUCUAGACUGUUACUUCCAACCUACUAAGCUUAACCUUGAAGUUCAUUUUCAAUAAAUUUCGGUCUCGUUAACUGAGUUGUUUCAAGGAUGGUACUGUUAAUGUUGGUUUCCUUGGUGCAGAAUGUACCAAAUUUACUUGUCAAUCAACCAUAUUAAGUGAGUUGCUA